AUGACUAUAUCAACUACAAUAACUGGUGGUGUAGAUACAACAACUGGAGGUGUAGAUACAACAACAGGUGGUGUAGAUAUAACAACUGGUGGUGUAGAUAUAACAACUGGUGAUGUAGAUACAACAACUGGAGGUGGAGAUACAAGUGAUGGUGUAGAUACCACAACUGGUGGUAUAGAUAUAACAACUGGUGGUGUAGAUAUAACAACUGGAGGUGUAGCUACAACAACAGGUGGUGUAGAUAUAACAACUGGUGGUGAAGAUACAACACAAACUACAACUGGUGGUGUAGAUACAAUAACUACAACAACUAAUGGUGUAGAUACAACCACUGGUGGUGUAGAUACAACAACUGAUGGUGUGCAUACAUCACCUACAACAACUGAUGGUGUGCAUACAUCACCUACAACAACUGAUGGUGUGCAUACAUCACCUACAACAACUGGUGGUGUACAUACAUCACCUAAAGCAGUUGAUGGUGUAGUUACAAAACCUACAGCAACUGAUGAUAUGGUUACAAAACCUACAGCAACUGAUGUUGUUGUAUCUACACCAUCAGUUGUUGUAGUUGUCGCAUCUACACCACCAGUUGCGUUAUCUACACCAUCGGUUGUUGUCUCUACACCACCAGUUGUUGUAUCUACAACAUCAGUUGUUGUAUCUACACCACCAGUUGUUGCAUCUGCACCAUAA